CAAAAUCAAUAACUCUCUGAAUACUAUAAUUGCAUUAGCAGCCACCGUAGGCUUUUUGUUUGAAAAAGAGUAUGUUUUUGAUCCACACUUCAACUUCCACUGUUGUUCUCAGUCUCCAUUUUCUACAACUUCUUCCACUUUCAGUUGUAGAGCGCGUGGAACUGAGUUGCUACCAUUGUUCCAACUCUCUCGAGCUCCAACUUUCAUCAAUGAAUUUUCCAGAGCUUCAAUCUCAGCUUUAAUGGCGGCCACUACUUCUCUGUCUCACCUCUCCUUCACUCCAAAGCUCCACCUACCUUCCCUCUCCUCAGCUAAACCCAGGACCUUCAAGAUCCUAUUUUGUCUAUCCAUAAAGCAAUCCAAUGACCAAACCGUCAAAACCCAUGACUCUUCCAACAACAAGCUUCGCGUCGUCUUUGCUGCUGGUGGAACCGGUGGUCAUAUAUACCCAGCGGUAGCCAUAGCCGACGAGCUCAAAGUCACAAAACCCAUGACCGAAAUCCUCUUUAUAGGAACACCCAACAGCAUGGAAAGCGCCGCAAUAGUCUCCGCUGGCUACGAAUUCACCACCGUCCCUCCAGCCAGAUUAGCCCGCCCUAUCAUCUCCCUCCAAAAUCUCCUCCUUCCCUACCAUUUGAUCAAAUCCACCAUAGAAAGCUACGAAAAGCUUCGUGAUUUCAAACCCCAUAUCGUUAUUGGUACCGGUGGGUACGUCUCUUUUCCGAUUUGUUUGGCAGCUGUGCUUAAUGGGUUCAAGCUUGUAAUCCAAGAACAGAACUCUGUGCCGGGUAUUGCGAAUUGGGUUCUUUCCCACUUGGCGAAUGUGGUUUUCGUUGCUUUCAAUUCGACUCUCGAUUGUUUUCCCAAAGGGAAAGGUGUGGUUUGUGGAAAUCCGGUGAGAUUGUCUCUGAAGAAGUGUGUUUCGAAGGCUGUGGCUAGGCUUCAUUUCUUUCCCAAGUCAGGCAAGAUUGCGGAUUCGGAGGCUAAGGUUCUAUUAGUUCUUGGAGGGUCUUUGGGUGCCAAUGCCAUUAACAUUGCUAUGCUGAAUAUUUAUUAUCAGAUGCUUUUGGAGAACAAGAACCUGUUUAUCAUUUGGCAAACUGGAGUUGAAGCUUACAAUGAGAUGGAAAGUCUUGUUAAGAAUCACAGACAUUUGCUUUUGACACCGUUCAUGCAUUCUAUGGAUUUUGCAUAUGCAGCUGCAGAUCUUAUCAUUUCAAGAGCUGGUGCAAUGACUUGCUAUGAGAUCUUGGCCACUGGGAAACCUUCCAUUCUGAUACCAUCACCAAAUGUUGCUGAAGGACAUCAAUUCAAAAAUGCUUCAUUAAUGGCAGAUUUAGCAGAUGCAAGGGUUAUAACUGAAGAUGAACUUGAUUCAACAACCCUCAGAGCUGCAAUCGAAGAGAUCUUAGGGGAUGCGAAAAAAAUGGCAGAUAUGUCUGAAAGGGCUCUCAAAGCUGCGAACCCCAAUGCCUCUACUGAGAUCGUGCAGCACAUUCUUUCUCUAGUAAACUUGUAGAGAACGAAGGAAGAGCCACAAGCAAGGUAACUGGUGGAACGAAAAUACAAAUAUCAUCCAUGACGAAGAAGCAUUGGAAUUAUGCUCCACUUGAAUUAUCAGUAAAAUUAUUGUUGAUAGAAGCUGAGAUGUUGAUAAAAGUUGAGGCCAUUCUAUCAUAAUUCAGGACUGGUUAGUUAGAUAGAAUCAUUGAGUUUCUCCUACAUUGUUUGGCUCUCAAUCAUUUAUUUUUUUAAUCUACUUUUUUUUUUUUUAGUAGGUUGAGGCUUUUCUGACCAGGGAUGCUAUUUUGUGCAUCCUAAUAUGGUUUGGAGUUGUUGUAUUGAGUAUGAGAAUAGCUGAAUAGGGGACAUGGCAUUUGUAAUGAUUUUGUAACACAAUGAAUCAUUGCACAAAAAGAGAGAGUUCUCCUUAUAAAAA